AUGACCACCCUCCCGAGCGAUUUCCCAAUCUCCUUGAGAUCAUGGCCAUCGACGAACGGCAAUGAUGAGCUCCCCUCAAUCAUCAGCCGCAUCAACACCGAGCGUGGCGGCUUCCGGAAUAUCACCGAGGAGAGUCUGCGACAAGAGAUCAUUGAGGAAGAGUUAAACGAUGAAAACGAUAACCCGAGCUCGAGUGAAGACGAGGAAGAACCAGAUCGGGCGAAGGAGUUGAAUGCUGCGCGUGAAGCUUUUGUCAAGGAUCUCGAGCAAGCUUACCAGAGCGCGAUGCUCGUACUGGAUUUGGUUUCGCUCCUGCUAUCAAAAGAUAUCCCAGUGCAGGCCAGUUUGUCGCUGUCUCAAGGUCUGCAGAGUAUGGUUGGGACUCAGACACUCGGGAUGGGAAAAUUGGCAGCCUCGAGGAUCACGGAGGCCCAGAAGCAGGACCACAAGAACGUCGCGAAGGGAUGGAAAACCCAGUUUCUGGAUAAGGCGGUCGACUCGAUUUUGGCUUCGGCUACCAGGUUGGAGAAGGAAAUCGAGCGCGAAACGAAAUACUGGGAGCAGGUACUGGCCGUGAGCGAGAAAGGAUGGGCUGUCUGCCGGUUGCCCAACCAGAAGCACAUUCUAGGAGUCCGAUUUGGAUUUUCCGAAUCCUCGCCCGCGUUCAGGAGCCGAAGUCUUGCGGCGCUCACGCGAAAGCCUGAUGGAUCCAUAUCUCUGGAUCAGGGAUUCGCUGAUGCCGAACCAAAGAGUCUUCGAGUCCGGAUCAAGGUCGAUGGCAAAGUUACAGGAAUCUCGAGAGUCCCAAAGGCAAUUCCCAAAGAUACUCCGGUUGAGGCAUUGAUUCUCCAGUCACGCAAUACUAUUUUCGCCGAAGAACUCUGGCAAGAGUUGAACCGCGAAUCCCGUGCCAUGGAGCCUGUAAAGUCGAAAGACAAUACUCUGAUUUACGAGCUUACAGCCGAGAAGUUUAUGGUUCUAGAUCUUAUACCCCUCGGAGAAGAAAGUACAGAGUAUUCUGGCCCGGAUGGCCCUCUCGCUCAAAGCCUCUUUUUCGCAUUCAACAUCCUCCUCAGCUAUGCCCACCGACAAGCUCACCGAGCUCGAUCCCGCGUUCCCCCUCCGAUAUCCAGUGAGAGACGCAUCACGCCACCCCUGAACCUCUUUCGCCCCUUUAUCGCCCGAGCAAAACACCAAGAGCGUACUGCCCAAAUGCACGCCCUUUUCCGCUCGCUCCACCAUGUCCUUGUCUCAGCCUCCCUCCCCCACCCGCCAUCCUACACACUCGUGCCCACGGUCUGGCCCGCUCCACUCAGCCUCCCCAUCGCCGAACGCACUAUCCUUGCCCUAACCGAGCGCCUCGAGGUGAUCGCAACUUUCACCGUGACGCCCACCACAACAAUAAAAGUGAAAGCGCAAACGUACUCUCAGCCAACCAUAUACACACAGUACUUACUGGCCCUCUCGCCCGCGGACUCGCCACUACAAAUGACCUGCCCUGUGGUCCCGAGGACAGAGUCCUUCCUCGUGGUACAGGAAUACAUGUACUAUGCCACGUCCUGCGCCCUAGCAUCGAUUUUCGUGCCCCAUCCCUUUGCCACCCCCUCUCCCUCCCAGCCCCAGCCGGGUGAAAGCAUUACGCCAUUAUGGACCCAAACAGCCCACCCGAAUAUCCUGAAAAAAUCCAUAACGUCCCCUUCCGCCGCCGCCGCCGCCAAGCAAAAGCAGCUCGCCAUCUCCAUCCGAUCCAGCAGUCCUGUGGGCUCACAGUCCAAGCACACAAUCACGAUUCUCCGCGUGCAAUGGGAGUUUCUGCGCAGCGAAUCCUCAGAGGACGAAGAUCUCGGCUGGAUGGUCACCAGCUGGGCGAAUGCUCUUGCCGAUGGCGAGGAUGUAAGCAUGGCGGGGGGGGAGGUGGCAAAGGGUAAGGUCAUGAAGAAAGCGAUGCCAGGGGAAAACUCGUAUUCAUGGAUCGAGAAGAGCUUCCCGGAGGGGGGAGCUGGGGAGGGUGACGAUGAAGACGAGGAGGUUGUGGAGGUUGUUAAGAGCUUGGUGGACGUUGUUAGGGAUGCUGGGGAGUGGAGUGAGUGA